UAUUAAUUUAACAAAAAGUAUGGACUUUUUCAAAAAUCUCAGCAACGGGUUUGUAGGUCAAGCUGCUUCCCAACCAGGAGCUGCAAAAACAGAAGAGACUUCUUCAACAGAUGCUAAUCUUAUGGAAGGACAUGACAUGGGUAAAAUGAUGUCUAUGUUUCAGGAAGCAAUGUCCUCAGACCCAAAAAUGAAGCAAAAGGCGGACUCUAUCUGGAAAUUUCUAGAUGAUCUUUACAAGAACAAUCCUAAAGAAUAUCGCCAAUUCGUUAACAAGCAUAUUUCUGAGGGAAAAGAGGAGAUAAAGAAGGAAGAGGAGGAGGAGAUAAAAACAAAAGGAAUCCAAAGUGAGCCCCUAAUUUGUGUGAAAAUUCGACUAUUUGAACUAAAAACUGGUCAUAAAAAGGCAGAACAGAAUACCAAGAUGGAUAUUAAGCUCUUUGAGUUUGAUUCAUCUGAGGAGAUCAAGAAGGAUGGAGAGAGCUCAACGGGAGAAAAGCAUCUCGCUAGCCCAUGUAUUUACAUUAAUAUCUGCCAUUCUUCAAAAGUCAAAAGCCCACUCAAUAAGGAUAGAACUUAUGCUGAUGUUAAGGAUGAUAAGACAUGGGCCAUUAUUCCGGUCAGUUAUGGAAAAGAGUCGGAGACAGACGAUUUCAUUAUUUAUGACGCUCAUAUUAAUUCAGGCAUUGUUGAGAAGUGAAAACAAGACAAGAAGAUUUUGAAUAGUAUUCUAGUUGUCAUUUUGAGAAGAUUUGAGCAGCUGAUGAUCAAUAAGUAUAGAAUUGAUAUUCAUAGUACACAUAUUUUGGGGAAAGCAAAAUAUAAAGGCAGUGAUGUUAAUAAGACCAAGCCAGACUUACAUCUUUUGAUGCCAGAUUGUGACCCAGAUCAACAUAAAGAAUAUGUCGAGACCUUCAAAAAGUAUCAAAAGAAAGACAUUGAAAUGCCAUCAUUUGCUCCUAAAGAGGAAAAAGAAGAGAAUCUCUCAGCUGAAGAUUUAUUAAAGAAGUUAAACCUCUCUUCCCAAGCGCCCUCAACCUCUUCAAAGCCAAAGGUAGUAGAAGUUGUUAAGCCAUCCUAUUUAAUCCCCUCUUCUGUGGCUCAAACGAAUGAAAAGGAGCCUAAAAAGACUGGAACAACAGUGAUAAAAUCUAUUGAUGACUACAAUAACUCCAAGUCUUCUUCAAAGCUGAUUCCUUCUUCCGAAGCUACCUUCGGUAUUUCUCACAAGAAGGGGAAUAUUCGUAUCGUUCUGGGUAUUCCUGAGGAAGAAAAUUUGGCUUCGAUUGAUCUCCAGGUUAACGCAACUUCUUUCGUAAUGGAAUCUGAUAAGUACUACUGAAGAAGAGAGUUGUGUGACUUACACGAUUUGAGGAAGAUAGUCAAGGUCUACACUGAAUCAGGUGAAAAUGGUCCAAAAACUGUCUUUUCCAAGAAGAAGGGCACUUUGAGCGUGUAUUUGACUGAGAAAUAGGCUAAAAGUUAGCGCAAGGAGUUUUCAAUUUUAAUUAAUUGA